GUUUAAAAGUUCAAAAUGGGGUGACUUUAACCGGAACCAAAAUGAUCUUAACAAGGAGAGGCAAAGUUACCACUUUUUUGAUUUUUAUCCUUGGUUUGACCACCUUUCUCUUGUACGCCUCAUACCAAGCGAAGUUCGGACAAGAAAUUAGCCAACCCACUCACAGCAAAAGAACAAUGGGUAAGUCAACGAGUUAGAAAUGAUUUACAGCAUUAGAUGCUCAUCACAUGAAUUAUGCCGUUAAAGCCUAAAUUAAGACGCAGGCAAAUAUUUAGGAAAAUAAAAGUAACAUAACUUAGUUCGAACAAGGGAAAUAACAACGCUUCCAAAAGCUUAAGAGGCUUAGUUACUUCGUGUUGUCCCGUUCACCAGAAAUUAGCCAUUCGCAGUGUAAUGCUAUCGCAGAUUCAAGAUAACAAACUGGAAAUCCUUUAAAUUAGUUUCCAAAAUUGACUAACGUACAAUGAUCAUCCUGGAUGAUGAUGGGUAAUUACCGUAGAGAACACGCCCCUCAUCACUUAGUCUUGGCUGUUCCGGUGUAUAGGGUUUCAUAUCGCUCUGACGCUCUGUCAGUUUCGAGCUAGUCAACGCUUUCCCGCCCACAUCACCACCUCGACGUUCUCGAGCGGUUAAUGUCUCCUUUCAGUUGGAGAAGCAUAACCACUUCAACAGCAUAAGCAAAUUAAAGCGCAAUUACCGGCAUUACGAGUCUCCAAUGCAUGCAUGACAACAAAGAUGAAAUUGAAUACCAAAUGUUUGCAGCUCAUGUUCCCCUGACCACCAGUGAACACCUAAGAGUUUGCAGGUAACAAGAGGCUCUAUUGGUGUUCCAUCGAUUAAGGAAGCUGGCAUCGUCUUCCUCCGUUUGUCUGAAUUGGGAAUUGGAUCUUCUGAAAUUUAGGAUUCUCUUUUCUUGGCGUUUAGAAAAAGGCCCAUUGCAUUGAUCCAACUCGAAACUACAGCUAAGUGCAAAAUUUAGUUUCUCUGUGCAGUUCGCGUAUUCGCAUCUCUGGCUGAGACUGGAAUAUUUUUUCAACACCCUGGGAGGGAUAAUAUGGCAUCCUGUAGCUCUCCUGAUGUUAAAUGACUUUAGUGAUUCCGGCUUAAACUUUAGUUUCACUUACUGAGCUGAAGUUGAAAAAUUCAUUGAGAGAGAUAUUCUUUUUGAUGAACUGGAAAGGAGCACUAACGUGAUCAUUCAGGUCGCUCACAGCCGGUGCGCUUAUGCUAAAAGAAUGUCUACUUAGGAUAUCUGCAAUCUUGUUGUGUUUUUAAAUAAUAAUUUUGCCUUCAGUUAAUUGAAUAGUUUCGGACAUUGCUCGGCGAAGUAUCCAUUGAUCUUCUCAGGCUAACAACGCGAUUUCCCUAUUGCCGACACUUUUCCCAUUCGCUUCGAUCUUUCAUGAUAUAAUACUUGCUCUUGAAUUGAUUUCAAAAGUGAACAGUGGCUAUCACUCCAGAGUUAAAGCAGGGCGGUUAUAGUUUCGUGCUUUUCUUCUUUACCAAGGAAGCAUGAUCAUCAAGCACGUCUCUUUAGCAGUUUUUCUCAUGCGCAGUACACAUCACUAAUGUCUUAAAGGUGCUUGCAACAGCGAAACGAGUUAAAAAACAUCGUUGUAUCUCACAGAAUUGAAUUUCUAAAAGUUUCUUCUCAUAAAAGUCUUGGGACCCCUUUUGAGGCACGCAGCUCUCGUAAUUGCACAUACCAGAUGAUCAUCAGUUAUAUCUGGGUUGAAAACACUUUCGUGCAAGGAUUUAAUUCUUUUGAAAGUUAGAAUUACGUCAAUUAGAGUGUGGCUAUUCGCCGUAACUCUAGUUGACGUACUAACAAGCCUUUUAGAUUGUAUAUUGUAAACGUAGUAUAGGUUUAGCAGAUGUCUCCCCAACUUUACCGUUCCUUGUCGGGUUCCAAAAUGUUACCAUUCACGUCUCUAAUUAGAGUGUAAUUGUCCGAAAGCCUGCUGAUCAAUUCAAUUGGUCGUUUCCGUUCGGAUGACCAGAUUUCUUUGGCCAUUUUGAACGGUCUGUAAAGACGAAUCCAAAGUAGAUGUCUAUGAAUCCUUUUGAAUUCUGACCUCAGUGUUUAUUUAUUCUAAACCAACGAACUGUUGUGGCAUUUUUAAUUAUAACGCGCUUUGUUUAAAGGUCGCACCCUGCAUAUAUUAUGAGGCCACCUUUGUAAUUUGUUCUAUCUUGUCGAUUUGGCUUGGAUCCUUUAGCAUAGAACUGGCUUUCUGGAUAGCUGUCAUCGAUUUUGGAGUCCGAGAGAACUAGAAUAUCUGACAAAUUGUUUAUCAGCAUGUUCUUAACCUCGAAGAGCUUGAUUCCGCCGACGCUGUUUGUUUUCUUGUGGUAGGAAGAAGCGAAAUAAACUAGCUCGAAAGUGCUUUCUAGGAAAAGAAACCAUCUCAAAAACUUCGCUCAUCGUAAUUGGUCUUAUUUCACGCGUCUCCAAAUCGGUUUUUUUUUUUUACCCUUUUUCUUCUUUUCUAAGCAAAGUAAUCAUUCUUGAAGUUCUUUUCAUUGGAAAGAUCCCCAAUCAUUACAACAACGUGAAAAGCUUAAUAAUUGACUAUUUCCGAAGUUCUACACUGAAUCAAUUUCCCUCUCUAAUAUUAAAUUAAAUAAUUCUGGAUAGUCAAACUUGAUUGCGAGUACUUCAAAACAAACGACAUGUUGUUUAUCGUAGAUGAGAUCGUCUGUCGAAAGGUUGUUCCAACUCAAGCCACAGCCACAUCCACAGAAAAACCCACUAAUAAUUCAUUGCCAAAGGCUUUCGUUUAUCUCAUUCAAACAGAACAAUGCCUUCCUUCAAACUUUGCCUCUCCUUCCGAGAUCGGCGACCCCGAGACGUGUAAAUGUGAUGUCAUGGUGCUAAGCUAUCGUACCAAAUGUCAAGUGCAAAAGCCGCCUCACAUCACUUAUUUGUUCUAUCCCAAUACUGGAUGGGGAACAGGACGAAAUGUGCUGUAUUUUGCUGCAAUUACGAGAUCCCCAAAAUACCAUUAUUACAUUUUUAUGGAUGAUGAUGUGGUACUACAUUUCAAUUCAUUUGCUUCGCCACAAAUGAAGAGGCUUCCGCCGUUUAGAGUCUUCGAACAUUGGCUCCUAGAUUACGAGCCUGUAGUUGGAGUUGUGGAUUACAAAUUGCAUCAUGGGGCCAUCUGGACCAAUAACUUACGAAAGAAAAUAUGUAACAAGACGGACAGUCCCCUUGUGAUACCAACAGUAUGGUAUGAUGCCCUUUUCAAUGCAUUUCAUUACAAAUCUAUCGAACAUCUCUUCCCUUACCGUACGCAAUAUCAAAACAUAAGCUGGUGGUCAUCGCAAAGGUACAUGUUUUCUGCUGUGGAACUGAUAUUUCGAGGCCAGGCAUUAAUGUUUGUGCCUGUUACUACGGGAAAUCCAAAACAUCGCCCAUACCCAAGGUCUCUAAAGGACGCAAACUGGAGAGAUUACAUCGAUACGAUUCGAAAGGAAGCUCCUUUAAUUUACAGAAAUCGAACUUUAUUCGAAGAAUUUAAACAGAAUCUUGCAGGUUACGUUAUCAACACGAAAACAUAUUGCAUGAAUGUAACACGGCAUCAACAGAUUAAACCAUACGCUCAUUUUGAUUUUAAGACAGAGAUGUAGUUGUUGAGGUUAGUGAAGAGGUAAACUAUAGUUCCCUAUUCUUUCUUAUUCUGGGCUCAAUCAGUGGAUAAAAUGCUAAACCCAUUCAAUUAUAAGCCCCUUUGUUUGUUUAUAAACUUGUUGAACUGUAACAAAGUUUCAACAAAGUGAUGUUCGCGAGGAGAAUUAGGACUGAACCGCUAACACAUUGGAAUCAAACCAUUUUUCACUUGGUCGGUUGCAUUCAUUUUAUUUACUGAGGAAGUAUUUCCUGAGCCAUAUUUUAUUCACUAUAUCUGUGUGUUAGUACUUUCCCUAUGACUGGGGAGUGUAACGGGCCUUAUUAUUAUUAUUAUUAUAUUACUGUUCAGACCUCUAAAUAAAAAUUUUUAUUCUAACCGAAAUCACCGCUCUCUGUUUGAAUCCAGAGAUUUAGUAACCUCGCUUUCUCGAUCCGUAUUUUCAAUAAGUUAGAGAACCUCGUUGAGGGCCAUCAGAAAGGGAAAGACUCGGGCCUUAACGAACAGAAGUGGAGGUCAGUAAGAGGUCUAUUUCUUCACCAAUAAAAAGUGUGCAUUAAAUUAUCGUAACCAACUGCGUUUUGAGAUGUCAAAGGGUGAACAAACUUUUCGGGGAUUAGACUUUGAACGGUGCCAUUGUAAAAACAUCGAUCGUAGUAACCUGGCCUUAAAUUCAAUUCAUAAUCAUUAUGUAAGCUUCAAAAAGGCUGCUGCUUUGUUCCUCCACACAAAAAAAAAAUUGAGUUGAGAAUGUCUUUUUGAAUGAGAAAACAGCAGAGACUUUUCAUAAAUCACGAUUAAGCAGCCAGGCUGUCAUGCAUGAUUCGAUAUGGUUCCGGUCGUUGUCCAUUUUUAGUACAUAUGACAAUAAAUACCGAAAGUUAGUUUGUCUUAGGGGUGAGGGGGGGACUUAAUUAUUUUCUGGUGAAAGCGGGAGUUAAAUUACUGCCAGUGUGACGUCACUAGCAACAAAACAAGCAAGAAAGACUCUUGAGUGUUAAGCUUGCUGCCUUGUGUUUUGAACUUGUGAUCACCGAAAACUCUCUGUAGUUUUUUUCUUCGUGGACUUUGUUAUGAUAUUCUGUAUAUAGCGCUGGUAUAUUACUAUGCAAUAUCAUAUUUCUUAUUAGUCUAAAUGAUUUCAUAAUUUAGGCAACGGGCUGGGAUGUAUUUUUAAAAGGUUUCUCUCCAUGUCUCUGUCUUUAUUCAUAAUAAAGUUCGAAUACAUAACACACAUGUCAUUGGUUGAAAGAGCGUGCUCUAUCAAAGUACAAAGCAUAGAACUGAGCUAAAGCUAUCACGCCAUCUUCCAAAUGGUAAUAUGUCCGACCUUUUUCAGGACUUCUUUCAAGCUUUUCGUUAAUUGAAAGUGAAAUUUCGUAACAAGCGAGAAGGCAAGUAGC